CAUGGGAACCAUUGGUGCAUCUCUCAGAGUUCAGUGAAGGCAAGCAUUAAGCAGGACCAAAACAAAUGUCCCUCACAUGCCAAGGAGCUGAUUCACUGAGUAACACCAGCAGCCAAAUGCUCACAGUGGCAGAGACCGGGAAAAUGCAAAGAAGACCUCACCAUAAGAAGGGGGUAGAUUCAACUGAAGAACAGCUGGAUCUGCGCACAAAAGUUCACACCAAACGAUACCUCUGUGAGCAGUGUGGGAAAAUGUUCAAAACACUAUUAAGUUUGAAGGUCCAUCAGCGUCUGCACACUGGACAAAAACCCUAUUCUUGUGAUCAGUGUGGCCAGAGCUUUGCCCAGUUAGUUCAUCUUCAGGUGCAUCAGUUUGGGCACAGUGGAAAAAAACCAUUCCUCUGUGAAGAGUGUGGAAAGACCUUCACUCACCGAAGUCCUUUGAAAAGACACCAAUACACCCACACAGGAGAAAAACCAUUCCCCUGUGAUGAGUGUGGAAAAAGGUUCUCUCACUUAGGGAACUUGAAAAUGCACCAGCGUAUUCACACAGGAGAAAAACCAUUCCCCUGUAAUAACUGUGGAAAACGCUUCGUCCAAGCAAUUCAUUUACAGAAACACAAGUGCAUGCCACAGGUGUAGGAAGCAUCCUGCCCUACAUCGGCACUUCCACAAAUGUUUAUCAACCCAUUAAAAUAAUUUGCAAGCAUA